CCGAUUUAUCAAUCUCGAAUUUCGAAAAUGUUCCACUUUCCCACACCCGCACCACUGUCACUCCCUUUCGAUGCAUCGACUUUCGAUGGUAGCACGCUGAGCGAGGAACGCNNCGCCCGAGAUCCAGACCUGUGUUUACUCCACCAAAGACCUGACCCCAAGCUCGCGACUUCAAAACAUGAUUGGGUUAGAAGAACAAAGACGAUCGACGUAUUCCCUUCUGUACUGGCUUUGGGCAACAACCCUUACCCUGGGUUGAAGGUCUCUCGCCCAAUACCGGAUUUGAACAAAGACACUCCAGCCUAUGAUUUCUGCAAACCAUGGUUUGGAGACAGUUUCAUUCUGAAAUGUCUCACACCUUCGAAACUGCUUGAAGAAAGUUGUAUCAAUAUAGGCACUGGUCUUCUUUCACCUAUAUCCCCUCAGUUCUGUAUUGAUAGAGAAGUUGCGGCAAGAGCGAGCAUACAAAGAACUGUCCCAAGACUCUAUAUAGGCAAUCAUGAUGGCAUACAUCCCGUUGUAGGCCGUAACCAGUUCCGCCUUACAUCCGACCACGAAUACGAUUGUCUAAAGCCUACCUUGAGGAUUGUGACCAAGAUGCUGGAAAUGGACAGUGUUCUUGAUAUGCUUUGGGCUCUUGGUGAACGAUGGACUCAAGAAGGUAUCCCCACGAAGGUGAUGAAGGAUAUCUAUGUCUAUUAUACUGGUCGAUCCACACGUCUGCAAAGAAUGCAAACAGCUUGGGAGCUAGAACAACUGUCAAACUAUAUAUACUUUGAAUGGGGAGAGACNAAUGACGUGGAACAAUGCUCAUGGAAUAGCGUUCCCUCAGAUGGCAAGCCAGGGCUGAGAGGUGGUGAUUACACGUGA